AAAGACUCUCACUCAAUUAUACAACCUUCCUUCCAUAUUCCAAACCCAACUUUUUUUCCACACUCGUUUUCAACUUUCCCCACAACCAAAUAAAAAUCUAAAUGACUUUUCAAAGUUUUAUAAAUCUCACAUGGUUCUACACUUCUACAUAAAAAUCUUAGUACUUCUAUAAAUAUUAACCACCAAAAUAAUCAUAUAUUCAAACAAAAAAACAAAUUCCAACCCUCACAUUCAUAAAAAAAAAUCCACCCAAAAAAAUGAAUUCUUCUUUUUCUAUUUUAAAUCCAUCAUUUCUUUUUUUUCAAAUAUUUUCAUUAUUUUCAUACACAUUAUCACAAUCUAAUUUAGCUACUUACAAUAAUUUUCUUCAAUGUUUACAAACCCAAACAACCCAAACAAACAUUUCCGACAUAAUUUAUUCCAAAGAAAACACAAAUUAUAAUUCAAUUCUACAAUUUUAUCUUAGAAAUUUAAGAUUUUCAUACCCAACAAUACCAAAACCUCAACUUAUAAUCACACCUUUUAAUCCAUCUCAAGUUUCAUCCACCAUAAUUUGUGCUAAAAAACUUAACCUUCUCAUAAAAAUCCGAAGUGGGGGCCACGAUUUCGAGGGUUUAUCCUACGUGUCAAAUGAUGAACCAUUCAUUAUCCUUGAUAUGAAUAACUUCCAACGGAUCAAAGUCGACCCGAUAACCCAAACUGCUUACGUGGAAGCGGGUUGUUCAUUGGGUCAAUUAUAUUAUCGGAUCCAAGAAAAAUCCAAUAGUCUUGGGUAUCCUGCGGGUGUGUGUCCUACCGUUGGAGUAGGUGGCCAUAUUAGUGGGGGUGGUUAUGGUAAUAUGAUAAGGAAAUACGGAUUAUCCGUGGAUCAUAUAAUUGAUGCUACGGUAGUUGAUUCUUCGGGUCGGAUAUUAAACCGACAAUCCAUGGGUGAAGAUUUGUUUUGGGCUAUACGAGGGGGUGGUGGGGCAAGUUUUGCUGUGGUUAUUUCUUUUACGGUUGAACUUGUACCCGUACCCGAGACCGUAACCGUUUUUAAUAUAAAACGGUUUGAUAAUAUAACCGAAUUGGUUUAUAAAUGGCAAAUUUUGAUGAAAGAUAUUGAUCAUAAUUUGUUCAUAAGAUUAUUAUUACAACCUGUUAGUGACCCUAAAGUUAAGGGCAAAAAAACUGCUAGGGUUACAUUUAUAGCUAUGUUUUUAGGUGAUUCUAGAAGUUUGGUUUCUAUUUUAGACGAUAAAUUUCCUGAACUCGGGUUAAAGAAAGAAGAUUGUUUAGAAAUGAGUUGGGGGGAGUCAGUUUUAAAUUGGGCUAAUUACGAUAAUAAAACAUCAAUUAAUGUUUUAUUAGAUAGGACUUACACGGCUGAAUAUAUAAAGAGAAAAUCAGAUUAUGUACAAAACCCUAUUCCAAAAUCAGGGUUAGAUUUAUUAUGGAAAAAGUUAGUUGAAAUAGGUAAAGUAGGGUUAGUUUUUAAUGCUUAUGGAGGAAGAAUGAAUGAAAUUCCGGCGUCAGAAACGCCAUUUCCUCACCGAAAUGGGAAUUUAUUCAAGAUUCAAUACUCAAUAAGUUGGAAGGAUGGAGGGAAAGUUGAAGAUGAUAAGAAUAUAGGUAUGUCAAGGGAACUAUAUAAGUUUAUGACACCUUAUGUGAGCCAAAAUCCUAGGGGUGCUUACCUUAACUAUAGGGAUCUUGAUAUUGGAGUUAAUGUUAAUGGGACUUAUAAUGAAGGGGAAGUUUAUGGGAGGAAAUAUUUUGGUGAGAAUUUUGAUAGGUUAGUUAAGGUGAAGACUAUGGUUGAUCCUCAUAACUUUUUUAGAUAUGAACAAAGUAUUCCUAUUAUGAAUUCAUCAUAAAGUCAAAAGAAAAUAAUAGUGUUUUCGUUUUAUUAUUGUAUUGUGAUUUCAUUUUACUUUAUUCUAUAAUAAAGUUUUAAAGUAAAAGGAAAUCCUUUGUUAUUGCUUUUACAUGAUUUUUAAUUGCAUCUUGUAUUAUAUUAAAUUUGCAUCUCAUAAGAUAAUUGAUCUAUUAGUGGAUUUAUACA